UCGGGCGAGACUCCCCGAGAUUCAAUAGAUCGGCCGAUACAACAGGCGCUGCCGUAGCGCAAGCGAGCAGCAACGCGUUUCUGGAACAGAACUUGCACCCCAAAUUGACCGAUACGCCAUCGAGUUCGGAAUUGCACCGCAAGAAAGACGGUCCCACGCGGAAAGAGAGUGUGACAAAACAUGCGCUCCAAAGGCUGCGUCUGAGAUCCAAAUCUGCAAGUGGCCGGGAUUCAAUGUCCCAGUCGAAAGAAUCUAUCCACAGGACGUCCUCCGUGAAGCAAGCAGACAAAGCUUAGUUUACUUGAGCACAAGCAAUGUCAGAAUUAUGGGGUUGUUAGAGAGACUGGCUGAAAACACCGAAUGAUCUGUAUUUAGAUGAAAUCGAAUGAAUAUAUAAAGGCAUUUGGAUAAUAGGUUGGUAUCUUGCCUGGAUUCUGAUGUAUCGAAUGAUUGUUUCUUUCUCGAAUAAAGCAUGUAAGCUCCA